GUUGGGCUGAUCUUGCGCAUGCGCCGACCUUGCCAGGCUGGAUUUAAGGUUGCCGCCAGCCGCUGGGAAUUUAAAGGACCCACACUGCCUCUCCGAAGUUGGUUUGAAGGCAAGCGGUGGUUGUUUGUGGACGGCGCUUUGUCAUGGGACCUGUGCGACUGGGAAUAUUGCUUUUCCUUUUGGCCGUGCACGGGGCUUGGGCUGGGAUGCCGAAGGAGGAGGACGAUGACACAGAACGCUUGCCCAGCAAAUGCGAAGUGUGUAAGCUGCUGAGCACAGAGCUACAGGGGGAGCUGAGUCGCACUGGUCGAUCUCGAGAGGUGCUGGAGCUGGGGCAGGUGCUGGACACAGGCAAGAGGAAGAGACAUGUGCCUUACAGCGUUUCAGAGACAAGGCUGGAAGAGGCCCUAGAGAAUUUAUGUGAGCGGAUCCUGGACUACAGUGUUCACGCUGAGCGCAAGGGCUCACUGAGAUAUGCCAAGGGUCAGAGUCAGACCAUGGCAACACUGAAAGGCCUAGUGCAGAAGGGGGUGAAGGUGGAUCUGGGGAUCCCUCUGGAGCUGUGGGAUGAGCCCAGCGUGGAGGUCACAUACCUCAAGAAGCAGUGUGAGACCAUGCUGGAGGAGUUUGAAGACGUUGUGGGAGACUGGUACUUCCACCAUCAGGAGCAGCCCCUACAAAAUUUUCUCUGUGAAGGUCAUGUGCUCCCAGCUGCUGAAACUGCAUGUCUACAGGAAACUUGGACUGGAAAGGAGAUCACAGAUGGGGAAGAGAAAACAGAAGGGGAGGAAGAGCAGGAGGAGGAGGAGGAAGAGGAAGAAGAGGAAGGGGGAGACAAGAUGACCAAGACAGGGGGCCACCCCAAACUUGACCGAGAAGAUCUUUGACCCUUGCCUUUGAGCCCCCAAGAGGGCAAGGGAUCAUGGAGAGCCCUCUGAAGUCUGCCCUCUCCCUGCUCCACAGCUUUCAGGGUGUGUUUGUGAGUGACUCCACCCAAGCUUGUAGCUGCUCUCUCCCAUCUAACCUCAAGCAAGAUCCUGGUGAAACAGCAUGGCAUCGCUUGCAGGGUGGAGAGUGGGGGUGGAGGUCCUGCUCCUACAGAUGAACUCCAUCCAGCUCCUUAAUUGGCAGGUGUAUGUGCUGACAGUACUGAAAGCUUUCCUCUUUAACUGAUCCCCACCCCCACCCAGAGGUCAGCAGUGGCACUGGAGCUGUGUGUGGGCUUUGGGAAAGUCACUUAGCUCCUUAAGGUCUGUUUUUAGACCCUUCCAAGGAAGAGGCCAGAACGGACAUUCUCUGCGAUCUAUAUACACUGCCUGCAUCCAGAAGGCUACACACCAGCAAACCGUGAAGGAGAAUGGGACACUGGGUCAUGGCCUAGAGUUGCUGGUAAGGUCGGUGGGGUAGAUACUUGGUCUACUUCAGAUCAAUGUCACCGAGAGCUCACCAUAUAGUUUCAUAGGUGCUAAAUUUUCUAUAUUGCUAUUAAACUUUUUUCUUUUUUUCUAAAAACUA